AUGGGCGAUGAAGAAGAUUGUCAUGGCGAUAACCAGUUGAAUUUGAUCUAUUUACCAGACGAAUUAAUUGAAGCGAUUUUAAUCCAGCCACUUCUGAAUCAUCAUGAUAUUCUUUGUAUAUCGGCUGUUUGUAAAUAUCUCCAUCAUGUGUGUUUAGGCUCUAGUUUGUGGCAAUUUAAAGCCAAAUCAAGGUGGUCUAAAUGGGAUAAAGCACUAGAAAAUGCAUCCACGGAUUGGUAUCAACUGUUUAUAGCAAGGCAUAAACUAGGAUUGAAGAUCCAACAAGAACUAAAUGAAAUUAAUCGACGAUAUUAUGAUGAUGAUUUAAUAUCAAGUGAUGCUUACAGACCCAUCAAAACUCUAUUGCAAAAGGAUAAGGACAACAUUGCUAAUGAAACACUUACCGAGUAUUUAGUAACACUUUUAUCUGAUUCAAGCAACGAUAACUUAACUUUAAAGUAUUAUGGAAAAAAUGUCUACAAUAAGCUUUGCUUGUUGCCACGAAUUAAAAAUAUGUUAAAAUUACCGGAUGACGACAUAUUAAUCGAGGAAGGAGCAUUUCUAUUUUCUUCUUGGUUGAUGGCUUGUAAUAUUACAAAUGAAGAUAACUGCAACAAACAAAUUGAUGCUAUUGUUAAACAAGUUAAACAAUAUUUGAUUGACUCUAACUUGUCAGUAAGAGACAGCGAAACUGGCUAUUUACGAGAUUAUUAUUCUUGCUGCAACAUUUUAUCGGCAAUCAACAAGGUUCUUUAUGGCGAUCUUGGCUAUGAUGGUAAUAUCAAUUCUUACCGUGAUCUCAUAGCCUUUAUUGAUCUUGAAGCAAGAGGAUUUACAACUGCAACCCCACUUAUGAUCUUGCGUACGGACAGAACGCCAAUAUUUUUUGCUGCAUUAUAUUCUGCAAUUGCUCAACGAUUGAGAGUAAAACUAGAUCCGAUUACCUUUCCGAAUUAUAUAAUACUUCGACUUCAAUGCUUUGGAAGAUACAAAGUGUUAACGAGCUAUCUUCAGCUGGUGGUACUUAUUUAUCCAGAAGAUGAGGAAAAUCACGGAGUUCUAUCCCGUAUCUAUCUCGAUUAUUGUGUUUAUGACGAUGAGGUUGUUGAAAGUGCAUUCGAAAAAGCGAGAGCUGGCAUAUUCGAAAUCAAUCCACGCCACUUAACUUGUCUAAAUCGCCUAAAAGAUAUAAAGCAUAUACCUGCUGAGCCGAAAGUUAAGUAUCGAUCCUUGGAAUCAUCUGCUACUAUUCUUUUCCGAAUUGGAACUAUAGUAAAACAUAGAAGAGAUAAUAAUAAGGUUGUUUACAAAAAUGCUAAUUUUUCUUUACGAUUUCAUGUUGGUAUGAUCUUAAUUACUUUUAUUUCAACAUUAUUUAUUAACGAAAGUGACGGUUGGACUGGUGUCAUUCAUGGCUGGGAUUAUCAACAAAAUCUUGUGGAAGUAGAAGGACAAAAAUCCACAUGCUGUCAUCCUGAGGUUGGCAAAUAUUUUCAAUCGUUUGAUGGCGAAAGAUACAUUCUGAAUCAGGAAUUAUCUAUUCGUUAUCCGGACGAUUAA